UGCGCGCCUGAGUCACCGCCGCCGCCGCCAUGGCCGAGAGUGGUGAAAGCGGCGGCCCUCCGAGCUCCCAGGACAGCGCCGCCGCGGCCGAAGGUGCCGGCGCCCCCGCGGCCGCUGCCUCCGCGGAGCCCAAGAUUAUGAAAGUCACCGUGAAGACCCCGAAGGAGAAGGAGGAGUUCGCCGUGCCCGAGAAUAGCUCCGUCCAGCAGUUCAAGGAAGAAAUCUCUAAACGUUUCAAAUCACAUACUGACCAACUUGUGUUGAUAUUUGCUGGAAAAAUUUUAAAAGAUCAAGAUACUUUGAGUCAGCAUGGAAUUCAUGAUGGUCUUACUGUUCACCUUGUCAUCAAAACGCAAAACAGGCCUCAGGAUCAUUCAGCUCAACAAACAAAUACCAGUGGAAGCAAUGUUACCACGUCAUCAGCUCCUACGACUAACUCCACAUCUGGUUCUGCCACUAGCAACCCUUUUGGUUUAGGUGGCCUUGGAGGGCUUGCAGGUCUGAGUAGCUUGGGUCUGAAUACUACUAACUUCUCUGAACUACAAAGCCAGAUGCAGCGACAGCUUAUGUCCAAUCCUGAAAUGAUGGUCCAGAUUAUGGAGAAUCCCUUUGUCCAGAGCAUGCUGUCAAAUCCUGACCUGAUGAGGCAGUUAAUUAUGGCCAAUCCGCAAAUGCAGCAGUUGAUACAGAGAAAUCCAGAAAUUAGUCAUAUGCUGAAUAAUCCAGAUAUUAUGAGACAAACAUUGGAACUCGCCAGGAAUCCAGCAAUGAUGCAAGAAAUGAUGAGAAACCAGGACCGAGCCUUGAGCAACCUAGAAAGCAUCCCAGGGGGAUACAAUGCUUUACGGCGUAUGUACACGGAUAUUCAGGAACCAAUGCUGAGUGCUGCACAAGAGCAGUUUGGUGGUAAUCCAUUUGCUUCCCUAGUGAGCAAUACAUCCUCAGGUGAAGGUAGUCAGCCUUCUCGUACAGAAAAUAGAGAUCCAUUACCCAAUCCAUGGGCUCCACAGGCUUCCCAGAGUUCAUCAGCUUCCAGUGGCACCAACAGCGCUGUGGGGGGCACUGGUAGCAGUGCUGCCGGUGGCACUGCUGGGCAAAGUUCAUCUGCACCAAAUUUGGGGCCUGGAGUAGGAGCUAGUAUGUUCAAUACACCAGGGAUGCAGAGCUUGUUGCAACAAAUAACUGAAAACCCACAACUUAUGCAGAACAUGUUGUCUGCCCCCUACAUGAGAAGCAUGAUGCAGUCCCUAAGCCAGAACCCUGACCUUGCUGCACAGAUGAUGCUGAAUAAUCCCCUAUUUGCUGGAAAUCCUCAGCUUCAAGAACAAAUGAGACAACAGCUCCCAACUUUCCUCCAACAAAUGCAGAAUCCGGAUACAUUAUCAGCAAUGUCAAAUCCUAGAGCGAUGCAGGCCUUGUUACAGAUUCAACAGGGUUUACAGACAUUAGCAACGGAAGCCCCUGGCCUCAUCCCAGGGUUUACUCCUGGCCUGGGGGCAUUAGGAGGCACUGGAGGCUCUUCAGGAAGCAGCGGGUCUAACUCUGCGCCUGGUGACAACCCAAGUCCCACGACAGGAGCCACUGAACCUGGACACCAGCAGUUCAUCCAACAAAUGCUGCAGGCUCUCGCUGGAGUAAAUCCUCAGCUACAGAAUCCAGAAGUCAGAUUUCAGCAACAACUGGAACAGCUCAGUGCAAUGGGAUUUUUGAACCGUGAAGCAAACUUGCAAGCGCUAAUAGCAACAGGAGGUGAUAUCAAUGCCGCUAUUGAAAGGUUACUGGGCUCCCAGCCAUCAUAGCAGCAUUUCUGUAUCUUGAGAAAAUGUAAUUUAUUUUUGAUAACGGCUCUUAAAUCUUUAAAAUACCCGCUUUAUUUCAUUUUGACUCUUGGAAUUCUGUGCUAUAAACAAACCCAAUAUGAUGCAUUUUAAGGUGGAGUGCAGUAAGAUGUGUGGGUUUC